GAGGAAUAUUCUCCUCCUUGGGCAGGUCUCCCAGGCAGCUGCCAUGAGAGGAUCCCCCUUGUUCCUCUGCCUCUUCUCCGUGUCCUGCUGGCUGAAUUUGAUGCCAACAUCUGGGGACAAAAUCUUCCACUUUGGAACCUGCAGGGUUUCCCUGAGCACGGCAGAGAUCAGGGCAGGCUUCACAGCAAUUAAAGCCAAAAUUCAAUCCAGAGACCCCAUCCGGAGCCUGAGCAUCCUGAACCACCCCCACUCCCUCCACAAGGUGAAGUCUUCAGACAGGUGCUGCAUCACUCAUCAGCUCUUCACCUUCUACGUGGACAAAGUUUUCAAGCACUGCAGGACCGAGGACUCGUUUGUGAACAGGAAAAUCAGCAGCAUUGCCAACUCCUUCCUCAGUGCCAGGAGGAAACUGGGGCAGUGUCGUGAGCAGAAUAAUUGUGUGUGUGGGGAGGAAUCCACGGAGAAAUUCAAACAAAUACUUGCAAACUAUGAAGGGCUGAAUGUCACAUCUGCAGCCAUGAAAUCCCUGGGGGAGCUGGACAUCCUCCUAGACUGGAUGGAGAAAUCUCGUUAGUGGGUGGUUUAAUUACCCACGGCCGGGGCUGAGGAGCUGCAGGGGCUCUGCAGAGGUGGGAGGGACAAUAAAUCAGAGUCAGUGCAGCUCCUCAGCAGCCCCAGCUGCAGCCAGGCAAGCACAGAGAGCUUUGCCAGCCAGGGACAUCAGCAGAGUCUUCAGGAAGAGGGAAAUAAAGAGUUGGAUGAAAUUAAAUCAGCAUCGCCCUCGCUGCUACCAAAGGAUGCUCCCAGGGAAAACCCACAAGGGUUUCUCCUGCUGGCAGACAUAAGCUGUGAUCAUGCCAUAAAAUUAUUGCUUAAAUUGCAGAUUUUUUUUGUCUAGGGAAUGUGGGGAAUGAGUGCUGAGAGCUGGCUGGGAGGACUCUGGUGCAGCUGAUGUUGCAUCAACCUGGGCUCGGUCUCAGGGCUGCUGCCACUGCUGGGUCUGGCUGAAAUGGGAUGUACAGAGUGAGAAAUGCUUCCAAGAAUGGGUCCUAGCAGGUAUGUCAGGCCUUAGAAAUCCGUGUUUCCUCUUGAGAUGAUAUUUUCUGCCUUAUCAGUAAAAAGGUUUCUGUGCAAGAUAUGUGGUUGCUGAAUAGAAAAAAGGUUCUUGAGUGCGUUGUGCAAUUUACUGACACUCAGUAGUGAGUUUUGUGGAAACUGGUUGUGAUGACUGCAAAUAAACCCCACUUGAAACUGUGCUGAGUCUGUUUGUCAAAAUUCUGAGGAAUUAUGAGAUUCUUGCUGAAUCCUUUUACAGCAGAUGCUGCACUCCAGCAUCCCAGGGCUGAUGGAUCCUUCUGGGCACGCCAGGAGCACCAAACUCAGACCCCAGAGCUGCUGAAUCCCCUCAGUUUGUCCCCAGAACUGUGCAUUAUUUAUAGCUCUGCUCUGCUCCCUCCCAUUUUGGGUGCUGCUGGUACCCAUGAUCCAGAUCCCAGCAUCUCCCUGGAGCACGAGUGUCACGCUGGGUGGCAUCUGGUGAUUCACUUUCAGAGGAAAAAAAUCUCUGACUCCUCCCUGUCCUCCCUCAGAUCCUUGCUGAUGCCAAAGGAAAGCUCCUCAGGGCUUUGAUUCUGUAAAUUCACUUUCUCAAGGGUUCGUUUGUCAGGUGUCAGGGCAGGAACAGGUGAACACGUCCCCCCAAGCUCGGGCAGUGCUCAGCAGAGCUGAUUGCUCAUCUCCACCAUUCCUUUAGGAAUGACAGGUGCCACUCC